AUGGUUGGAGCUGUGAACAAUGCAACAAGCCAAGUCAUGGCAAAAUGGGAAGCCUUUGUGAAGGACAGUGGAGACGUGGAGAGGGAGCUGGAUGUUCAAGUUGAGUUCAUGUGCUUGAAUGUGGAUGUUGUAGCGAGGACAACACUGGGGUUGAAAAACAAUGACUUUCAGAACAUUCUCAAGUAUAACAUCACAUUGCUCAAGCUGCAAGAUGAUCAAGAGACCUGGAGCUGGUUACCAUUUGCCAGGCUAAUCCCCUUCGGUAUAAACGUUGAGCGGUGGAAAGUACGGAAACAGCUAAAUGACCUUGUUCGUAAGCAAGUGAGAGAGCAAAGAAAGAAGACGACAGAAGGCAAUAACGUUGAUUUUAUUGGGAAACUCUUGGAUAAGCCAGAUGUUAGAGAAGACGUGAUUGUUGCCGAGUUGAAAACACUCUAUGCUACAGGGUUUAUCAGCUUGGCCCCACUUCUCUCAUUCACAAUGUUGAUGCUGGCUCUCCAUCCCAGUUGGCAAGAGAAGGCAAGACAAGAAGUUGACCAAGUUCUGGAUGGAGAAGUUGUUAGUCCCAAAGAUAUUGAGAUGAUUCUGCAAGAGACAUUGAGGCUGUAUCCCACAAUGCCGCUCAUCACAAGGGUGUGCAUUAAAGACACUAUGCUGGGGGACGUGUUCAUUCCCAAAGGACUGGGGGUGAGCGUUAAUGUUGUUGCGCUGCAUCAUGACCGAGAGCUGUGGGGAGAUGAUGUAAAUGAAUUCAACCCAUCCCGCUUCAAGAAUGGUACAGCAACUGCAGCCAAGCAUCCCAUGGCGUUCAUGCCAUUUGCCUAUGGAGUUCGAACCUGCAUUGGAAGGGCGUUCUCUGAGGUGCAGUGCAAAGUAAUCAUUGCUAACAUCCUUCAGAGAUUCGAGGUUAAAUUGUCUCCAAAUUACCGGCACCACCCAGUCAUUACAGGACCCCUGAUCCCAAAGCACGGCAUGCCUGUCAUACUCAAGCCAAGGCGGAACUUCUAA